AUGGUAAUGCGAAAAGCAACUCCUCGAAGUCACGUGUCUGGCUCAACUCUUACAGACCAAGAAACAGGAGAAAGCAUCAGAGUAUGUGUCCGCUCAAGGCCAAUGAACGAAAAAGAAAUCUCAAUAGGCGACACUUCAUGCAUAACUGUUGUGAAUCCCCAAGCUCUUCAAAUGAACUUUAAAGGCUCAGCCAAAUCUUACCGUUUCCAUCAAGUUAUGGGCGAAGAUUACACACAAGGCCAGAUGUUUUCUGAAAGCGGGGUCCACGUUUUGCUAGAUUCUGCCUUAGAAGGGUAUUCUGCAAGUGUUUUCGCGUAUGGACAAACUGGAAGUGGAAAAACUUAUACAAUGGCAGGAAUAGAGGAAAACCUAGGAAGACAAGACUAUCGGUCUGAUGAAACUGAUGGGAUAAUUCCGAGAGGGAUCAGCUACAUGUGGCAAAGUAUGGCUAAUAGGCAAGAACAAUAUUACGUUAAAGCAGCGUUCAUGGAAAUCUAUAAUGAGCAGGUCAGAGAUCUAUUAAAUCCUGCAAGUGGUGUGCUUCACUGUAGGUGAAAUAUCAAAUCAGGAUUCUUCGUCGAAGACUUGCUAAUUGUUGACUGCACAAAUAUUGACGAUUUAAUUGCAGUUCUGCAUGAAGGGAUCCGAAAUAGAAAAACUGGCAGCCAUGAGCUUAAUAAGGACUCUUCAAGAAGCCACUCGAUCAUGCUAAUUUAUUUAAUUAGCGAAACCAAAGGAGAAGAUGGGCAUUCUUUUAAAAAAUUCGGAAAAAUUUGUUUUGUUGAUUUAGCUGGCAGUGAAAGAUUAAAAGAAACGAAAUCUCAAGGGAUCAUGGUAAAGGAAACAGGAAAUAUUAACAGAAGCUUGUUUACACUAGGAAAAGUGAUAUCAGCCUUAGGAGAUAAGAAAAAUAAAUCCAAGUCACAUAUCCCUUAUAGAGACUCCAAGCUUACAAUGCUGCUAAUGGACUCUUUAGGAGGGACUUCUAAAGCCUUAAUGAUAGCUUGUGUUUCUCCUGCAAGUGCUUAUGCUGAAGAAACAGCUAGCACUUUAAACUACGCUGGAAGAGCAAUGAAUAUUAAGAACAAGCCUGUAAUCCAAAUGGAUAGCAAGGAACAAAUCAUAUUCAGCAUAAAGCGAGAAAUCCAGCUACUAAGGAUGGAAAAUGAAUAUUUAAAAGAGCAGCUUUAUAGGGUCACUGGAGGAAUGCCACCCUUAAUGGUUGAUUUUGCAAGAAACCGGUCACCCUCAGCCAAAAGUGCAAAUAGCAAGCUCCCUCCUAUUCCAAAUCCUCCCCACAUGCAAAGCAGUGCAGCUAUUAUUGACGAAUACCAAAAAGAAAUGAACCGAAUUAAAGAAGAAAACAUCCAGCUAAAUAACGGCAAAGAAGUCCUGGAAAAGCUAGCUAAGUCUGUAGUAGCUGAAAACCAAGUUUUAGCUGGGAAAUUGAACAAUUUAGAACAUGUUUUCACUGGAUAUACAAAUCCUAAUGAUCAAGGCGCUGAAAGGACAAGUAAUCAAUAUACGAUCACCAAUUUAUUAAACGAUAAUGCCAAUAUUAAGCGACAAAUUUCAAAAAUGGAGUAUGAAAAAGCUGAAAUGAGGAAUAAAUUAAAUGACAGUGGGUAAGAAUUAUUCAGAAAUCCAACGCCAAGGUCAGCACAGUCAUUUAGUGAAAUGAAUGACGCCUUCCAGCUGAAACAAAUGAAUACACAGCUGCAGAAACGAAUUGAAUUUUUACAGAAGCGUGAAAAAGACCUACUUGAGCAUUUGCUUAAAGCUCAAAAGGAAAAUGGGCAAAACGGACAGCAGGCUCCAUUGAAGAAGUAA